GAGGGGGCAUCUCCCCGGUCUCGGCCCGCACCCCGAAGCCGCUCCACGGCCGCGGGUGUGAGGGGCGGGCCCAGGCCUCGGCCCGCGCCGCCCCAUGUGACCCGGUCCGACAUGGUGUCGCCUCCUCCUGGGGCGGCGGCGGCGGUGGUGGCGGCGGCUCGGGCUUGGCUCCGCGUCGGGCCGGCUCCGCGGCCGCUCAUGGGCAGCCAGGGCGGCUUAGGGCCCCCCGGGAACGGCGGGCCCGGCGAGGGCGAGAGCGGGGAGACGAGGAAACUGCAGGAAGGGAGAGCCGCGAGGGGAAAGCGGAGGAAAGGGAAGGGGAAGGGGAAAGCAGGAGCAGGGCAAGGCGGAAGAGGAAGCGGGGCGGAAGGGAAGCCGCAGCCGCCACAGGCGAAGGAGGCAGCGGGGCUGCGGGCCGAGGCGGGAGAGAGGGCAGGCCUGGGAAAGGUAGGAGAGGGAGGCGGAAGCGUAGAGGAAGGGGCGAGAAGGAUCGUCAGGGGAGAUGAGGGGAGCGCAGGGGCGCGGAAGGAGGCCAAAGGAAGAGAUGACGGGAAGAAGGAGGAGUGGAGGGUCAGAACUGGACAGCGGGAGGAGGCCAGGCCGGCGAGAGCACAGGGACGAGGGGCUCAGGCUUGGGGCCGCCUCGCUGGGACAGGGGCGGCCAUGGCGGCGGCGGCUGAGGAAGAGGCGGGAGCCCGGGAGCCUGCCGGCCGCCCCGCCGCCGGGCCCGCGCUGCUGCGCCUGCCGGAGGAGCUGCUGCUGCUCAUCUGUUCCUACCUGGACAUGCAGGCCCUCGGCCGCCUGGCUCAGGUGUGCCGCUGGCUGCGGCGCUUCACCAACUGCGACCUGCUCUGGCGCCGGAUAGCCCGGGCCUCGCUCAACUCCGGCUUCACGCGUCUCGGCACCGACCUGAUGGCCAGUGUACCAGUGAAGGAACGGGUGAAGGUAUCUCAGAACUGGAGGUUGGGGCGCUGCCGACAGGGGAUUCUGCUGAAGUGGAAAUGCAGUCAGAUGCCCUGGAUGCAGCUAGAGGGUGAUUCUCUGUACAUAUCCCAGGCUAAUUUCAUCCUGGCCUAUCAGUUCCGCCCAGAUGGUGCCAGCUUGAACCGGAGGCCCCUGGGAGUCUUUGCUGGGCAUGAUGAGGACGUUUGCCACUUCGUGCUGGCCAACUCGCAUAUUAUCAGUGCAGGAGGAGAUGGGAAGAUUGGCGUUCAUAAGAUUCAUAGCACCUUCACUGUCAAGUACUCAGCCCAUGAACAGGAGGUGAACUGUGUGGAUUGCAAAGGGGGCAUCAUUGUGAGUGGCUCCAGAGACAGGACGGCCAAGGUAUGGCCUUUGGCCUCAGGCCGGCUGGGGCAGUGCUUACACACCAUCCAGACUGAAGACCGAGUCUGGUCCAUUGCUAUCAGCCCAUUGCACAGCUCCUUUGUGACAGGGACAGCUUGUUGUGGGCACUUCUCACCCCUAAGAAUCUGGGACCUCAACAGUGGGCAGCUGAUGACGCACCUGGGCGGUGACUUUCCCCCAGGGGCCGGGGUGCUGGACGUCAUGUACGAGUCCCCUUCCACACUCCUGUCCUGUGGUUACGACACCUACGUUCGCUACUGGGACCUCCGAGCCAGUGUCCGGAAGUGUGUCAUGGAGUGGGAAGAGCCCCACGACAGCACCCUGUACUGCCUGCAGACGGAUGGGAACCACCUGCUGGCCACUGGCUCCUCCUACUACGGUGUCGUGCGACUGUGGGACCGGCGCCAAAGGGCCUGCCUGCACGCCUUCCCUCUGACAUCGACGCCCCUCAGCAGUCCUGUGUACUGCCUGCGCUUCACCACCAGGCAUCUCUACGCUGCGCUGUCUUACAACCUCCAUGGCCUGGACUUUCAAACCCCGUGACAGGGCCACGCCAGCCUGUGGGCCAGAGGAGCCAGCUACUCAGGGACCUCUGCUGCCUGCAGGGUGCAGUGAUACCUCCUCCCUGGUCCUUCCUGGGUUCCUAGACCUGUGACCAUGGUACUCAGGCACCUUAAGAUAAAGGCUGCUGACUCCUGGGCACUGGGGUUACCCAGGGGUGCAAUCCCUCUCAGGAACCAGUUGGAAAGAAGGGACCUGCUGCUGCUCAGCUGAACUUAGCCGGGCCUCGCUUCCCUGUUGGCCAGAGCAAGGAUCUGGCCUGGGGAGAGAGGCCCACCCCUUCUUAGAGCCGGGCCAGCUCACCACAAGAGUGAGGUGAGGUGCUCCAGCCUUCCCAGUUGGUCCCUUCCUGCCCCUUCCCUGGAAGGAGAGGGGAGGCUGCCAAUACCCUGUGACACCAGCCUCCACCUCAGUCAGACCCCACCCUUGACCAAGCUCUUGGGCUGGGGACUCAUUCCUGGGGUACUGUGGCCUGGUCUUCCUUUGAAACCAAGAAAGGACAAAGGGAACCCUGAAAUUUUGAAUGAGUUCUGAGCCAGCCCAACCUCAGGCUAGCUGUUGAGACAUGCUAAAAUGUUCAUUUUAUAGAAAUAAAGCUUGAUUGUUCACA